GAGCUAUGGAGAACGGAAGAGCAGACACUCUGCAGAUAAGGCAAGUCCUGCUUCUCUUUGUUUUGCUAGGAAUAUCUCAGGCGGGUUCCGAGUCUGGGCGCUUUUCUGUGGCAGAGGAAAUGCAGAGUGGGAGCUUUGUAGGCAACUUGGCAAAGGACCUGGGAGUAGAAGUGGGUGAGCUGGUCUCAAGGGGGGCUCAGGUGGUCUCUAAUGAUAAUAAAAACCGUUUGCAGCUGGACAAAAACACCGGGGAUUUGCUCUUAAGCGAAUCGCUAGACCGGGAGGAGCUCUGUGGCUCCACUGAGCCUUGUGUGCUGCAUUUCCAGGUAUUAAUGAAAAACCCUUUGCAGUUUUUACGCAUUGAGCUCCAGGUCACGGACAUAAAUGACCACUCUCCCAUAUUCUUAGAAAAAGAAAUGCUCCUAGAAAUCCCAGAGAAUAGUCCUGUUGGUGCUGUGUUCUUACUAGAAAGUGCGAAGGAUUUAGAUGUAGGAAUCAAUGCUCUGAAGAACUACAUAAUAAGCCCCAACUCUCAUUUUCACAUUAAAAUGCGAGUCAAUCCGGACAAUAGGAAAUACCCAGAGUUGGUUCUGGACAAGGCACUGGAUUAUGAAGAGCAGUCGGAGCUCAGUUUCAUCCUUACUGCUCUGGAUGGUGGGUCUCCACCUAGGUCUGGGACUGCAACUGUCCGGGUGGUGGUUGUGGACAUUAAUGACAACUCCCCCGAGUUUGAGCAACCAUUUUAUGAGGUGAAGAUUCCAGAGAAUAGCAUAUUAGGCUCACUCAUUGUCACCGUCUCAGCUUGGGAUUUAGACUCAGGAAAAAAUGGAGAAAUAUCAUAUUCUUUCUCCCAUGCCUCAGAAGAUAUUCGCAAGACAUUUGAAAUUAAUCAAAAGUCUGGAAAAGUCAGUUUAACAGCAUCCAUGGAUUUUGAAACAAUUGAAUCAUAUUCAGUAAUCAUUCAAGCUACAGAUGGGGGAGGUCUCUUUGGAAAAUCAACAGUCAGAAUUCAGGUGAUGGAUGUGAAUGACAAUGCUCCUGAAAUAGCCAUAUCGUCAAUUACCAGUCCAAUCCCAGAAAAUUCGCCUGAGACUGUGGUUAUGGUUUUUAGCAUCCGAGACAGAGACUCUGGGGACAAUGGGAGGAUGAUUUGUUCUAUCCCAGAAGACCUCCCUUUCAUGCUAAAAUCUUCAGUUGAGAACUAUUACACUUUGGAAACGGAGAAAAUGCUGGAUAGAGAGAGCCAGGCCGAGUACAACAUCACCAUCACCGUCACCGACUUGGGGACCCCCAGGCUGAAAACGCAGCACAACAUAACCGUGACGGUCUCCGACGUCAACGACAACGCCCCCGCCUUCAGCCAAACCACCUACACCCUGCGCGUCCGCGAGAACAACAGCCCCGCCCUGCACAUCGGCAGCGUGAGCGCCACGGACAGGGACUCGGGCGCCAACGCGCAGGUCACCUACUCGCUGCUGCCGCCCGCGGACCCGCAGCUGCCCCUGGCCUCCCUGGUGUCCAUCAACGCGGACAACGGGCAGCUGUUCGCGCUCAGGUCCCUGGAUUACGAGGCGCUGCGGGCGUUCGAGUUCGGCGUGCGCGCGGCCGACCGCGGCUCGCCCGCGCUCAGCAGCCAGGCGCGGGUGCGCGUGCUGGUGCUGGACGACAACGACAACGCGCCCUUCGUGCUGUACCCGCCGCAGAACGGCUCUGCGCCCUGCACCGAGCUGGUGCCCAGGGCGGCCGAGGCGGGCUACCUGGUGACCAAGGUGGUGGCGGUGGACGGCGACUCGGGCCAGAACGCCUGGCUGUCGUACCAGCUGCUCAAGGCCACGGAGCCCGGGCUGUUCGGCGUGUGGGCGCACAACGGCGAGGUGCGCACGGCCCGGCUGCUGAGCGAGCGCGACGCCGUCAAGCACAGGCUGGUGGUGCUGGUCAGGGACAAUGGCGAGCCGCCGCGCUCGGCCAGCGUCACGCUGCACGUGCUGCUGGUGGACGGCUUCUCGCAGCCCUACCUGCCGCUCCCGGAGGUGGCGGCGGCCGAGGCGCGGGCCGACCCGCUCACCGUCUACUUGGUCGUCGCCUUGGCGUCCGUGUCGUCGCUCUUCCUGUUCUCGGUGCUGGUGUUCGUGGCGGUGCGGCUGUGCAGGCGGAGCCGGGCGGCGUCUGCGGGUCGCUGCUCGGGGCCCGAGGGCCACUUUCCGGGCCACCUGGUGGACGUCAGCGGCGCGGGGACGCUGUCCCAGAGCUACCAGUACGAGGUGUGUCUGCGGGGAGGAUCUGGAACCAAUGAAUUCAAGUUCUUGAAGCCGAUUAUCCCGAACCUCCCAUCCCAGUGCUCUGGGAAAGAAACGGAAGAAAAUCCUACCUUCGGCAAUAGCUUUGGGUUCAAUAUAUAGUGACAUAAGUAGCUUUUAUAUUCCACAUAUGACACUUUUUGUUGCCCCUUCCAAAUCAAUGCUAUUUCCCCUAGUUUGUGUGUAUUUUAAAUUGUAUUCAGUGUACAUUUAUACUGUCACAAAUUCUACCCAUUUUUACUUUUAAAAAAUUUUUUUCAACGUUUUUUUUUUUUAUUUAUUUUUGGGACAGAGAGAGACAGAGCAUGAACGGGGGAGGGGCAGAGAGAGAGGGAGACACAGAAUCGGAAACAGG